AUGGGAGCUAUAUUUUGUACCAAGAUUAAUGGUCAGUAUAUCCGUUGGAAUCACAUUAGUAUUUUAUACGAGCAAGAUAGCAAAUUACCAAGCAAUUUAAGGGUUUGUCCAAAAUUAUCCAGAAACCAUGUACAUCUUAGUGUGUCUUAUAAAAUGAGAGUGUUGAGUAAUUCUGUUGCUAAUGGCUUAAUGUUUUAUAAAAAAUAUAAUAUUCCUGGCUUAAAUGAUUGUGAUCCAACAUCCAAAUUUUGUCAAAAGUUUAAUGAUUGUUUUGACGCACUGAACAGAAAAUUUGGUGCUGAAGGACUAAGAGUUAACGGCAAAGACUUUCAGUUUCUUCAAUCAUUUUUGGUUUGGUUGAAUGAAUGGCAAAAACAAUAUACAGAUGGCGAAGUAAAAAAAUCAGAAUUUUUAUCUGAUAGCACUGCUUGUGGGCUAAGAAUUACAAUUCAAUCUACUCUUGAUCUUUCUGGGUAUUUAAAGUCAUGCUGGAACUUUAAAUAUCUAUUAACAAGGAAAAUUAAUCAAGACAAACUUGAAAUGUUUUUUGGAACAAUUCGGCAAGCUGAUGGCCAAAAUGAUCAUCCUUCAACCCCUAAUUUUCUCCAAUUGUAUAAACUACUAUCUACUUACAGCAUUUUAAAGCCUCCCAACAGUGGAAAUUGUACUGUACAUGAUGAUUCUCCAUUAAAACCAAUUAUAUCUAUGACAGAUUUGAAAGACAUUUAUCAAAUUAAAAAAUAUGACUUGGUUGAAAAUUUAAAAACUAAAUUAAACAAUAUCAUUGGAGAAAAAGAAUGGGAAUUCAAUGAUCUUGUUGAACAUGAUUAUACUAAACCGGAAAUUAUAGAUUGUUUAAUUUAUUAUUUAACAGGUUACCUAUCAAAACAACUGUUGAAGUACAUAAAUGAUUGUACAAUUUGUAAGUCAGCUUUUGCCACUCCACAGGAAAAUAAAAAUAAAAAAACAGAAAACAGAAAUAAAAAAAAAGUUGCGAAGUUUUGUAAAACUUAA